AGGAAAAAAGGCUUAGGCUCCCAAGGUUGUCCGGAAGUGUGAGAUGUGGAAUUAGCUAUAAGAAUAUAUGACCAUGGAUGAUAUUUAUUUAGUAACUUGGAAAAAAAUCAACAUUUACGAACCUGCGACGUUACGAAGGUGCGAAACCUUCCCCUAAAUAUUAAAAUUCAAAUAUUUGAAAUUUAGGAGAUUUUUGGAAGAUUUGAGCAUCUCUUUUAGGGGGAACUGUCGCCGAAGUGUUGGCAACACUGGAAGGCCUUCCAAUAGAAUUCCUGUCGGUCGCGGCCUCCGGACGUAAACAAAUCGUGUUUUCUUAGUUAAAUUGCUUGAAAAAUGGAGAAAAAUCCCCUGGAUCUCAAUGAUGAUGAUGAUAUUGUGUUCAUCCACUCAACUGUGCCCACAAAAGUCCAAAAUAAACUGAAUUUAAACCUUGUAUCCAGCGAUAGCAGCAGUGCAAGUAGCAGCAGCGAUGAGAGCGAGAGUAGCGACGACUUUCCUGAUUCUUCAGGCUCUCCUGGAGAUCCUGUGGAUUCUGAUGGAGAGCAAUCAAUACAAAAAUGCGUGGUAAUUGAGGAGAAAGUAGAAGUUCCGGAAGAGCCCAAAAUCAACCUGAAGAAGGAAGAAGAGGAGGAAGAGGAUGAAGAAAUGAAGCCAGAAAUGGAUGCCUUGUCCCUUGCUGACCCAGUAGAUCCUCCCACGACGAGUGAGGUCAAAAAGGAGAAGGAAGUGAAGAAGGAAAAAGAGAAAGAACCACAAGUUCCCAUGAAAUCCAAUCCGUUGUCCGUGAAAAUUCGCACGUACAACAAAGCCCACAAGCAGACGAGCAAUCUCUUCAGGAAGUCCGGACCCAACAAGUACACCUGCCAGUACUGUGCUAAGGGAUGCAUGCAUCUGGAAACACUGGAACGCCAUAUGUCCAAGAACCAUCAGGAUCAGCUGGCAGACAAGGGUAACACCUGCAAGCUGUGCAAGAGUAAAUUCAAGGAACCCCAGCUACUCACCUGCCACAUCAAAACGCACAAUUUGCGCUUCAACUGUGCAAUCUGCGGCAGACGUUUCAGCUCCCAGAAAUUCCUGGACAUUCACGUCAACAUCCAUUUCCACGAGAAGGAAUUCCCCUGUGAACUCUGCGAACAGGGCUUUUCAACCGCCCAAGAACUCACGGAUCACUACACCUGGCACGAGGAUGAAUUAGCGUGAAUUAUUUUCCACAAUAAAAUAAUUUCUUACACAAAAAAA